AUGUCAGACUCUGUCCCCGUUAUUCUCUGCGGUAGGAGCGAGCAGAUCGGUGCUACCGUCGUUGAAGCCGUCAAACCUGAAUUAGAAGUUAUUCAUUUCAUCAUGACCACCGAUACGGGAGUGGACGAGAUUCCCGCCCUCCUGCGCGGUGAAAAGAACGUCCCGGCCAACAGCGCGCUGGGAAGCAAGAAUUACGACUGGGGCGUCGAGGCCAUUAUAUUUGGCGCUGCAUACAGUGAUCAGGCAGUACAGCUGCUUCGAGACGCUUCCCAGGGGCUGAAGCCCGUUCCCUGGCUGCGAGUCGACACCUCCAAACCCGCACUGCCACUGGGUCCGGAAUACGGCAAGGCGCUGGUGGCUCGUAUCAAGGAGGCUGUGAAGGAGCUACAGGCCAAAGGCCAGAUGAAUGAGGACGCUGUCGUCUACUAUUAG